AAAUGAUGGUGAUGUCACUGUUAGUGUGUGUGUGUGUGUGUGUGGGGCGCUGCCUAGUGGACAAAGAGGGAAGAACAGGCACAGAUUGAUCUGCUGUUUGAGGUCUCUUAAUCAAUAAAGUUGGUUUUGAAUUUUGUCAUUUUGUGACUGACCGUGCAGAAAUGUAAAGAUCCUGGUCCUGGUCCUGGUCCUGGUCCAGGUCUAAUUUGAAAAUGUCCGUCACUUGACCUCUGACAUCAUCGUCAGGUUCUGACCUUUUAGAUGAAUGUUGUUCUUGCUUCAGUCCACACGGUGGCGCCACUGUAGUCUCACCUGAUCCACACACACACACACACACAGUCUCACACACGCACACGCACAGCGUCUUCCUGCUGUGAUAACAAAGGUCAUGUGACCUCGUCCUCCUGCAGCUGCAGACCGGAUCCUCACCACGGUGUUUUAUUGUUUCACACACUUCCUGUUUCCUGUCUGCAGAAUGUUGAUUGUUGUUGAGGCAGCGAGGAGGAAACUGUGCUCUGUGGACAGGACGUGUCCACAGAAGACGUCCUCAACUAAACACUGGACCCACACCCACUUACAUUCUGGUCCUGGUCCAGGUUUUCAGGUCACCUGGGGGUUAUUAUCAUUAUUAUUAUUAUGGUCUGUUCUGUUUUAUUUCACUUUUUCCAGAUGUUAUUUAUCGAUGUGGAUCUUAUUUUGGAAACAAGAGCCGGAAGUAGUCUUCUUCUGUCUCCACCAUUUUAUUUUUUUGAAGUUUUAACCGGAAGUCGUGUGGUGGGUCACGUGUGUAAAUUGACUCUCGCUCACAGUUUCUCCUCCCUGAGCCCGCGAGUCCGUCAGAGACUCGUUCAGGAUUCAGAUCUGUUCAGGACACAGCAACCACAGACCAGGACGCGGACCAGACCACAGAGACCUGCAGCGACCUCACAGACCCGGAUACUAACCAGGACCCAGAACCGAGACCGGAUCAGAGAUGGACACCUGUCUGUAGCUCAGUGAUGGCUGCCAUGUUUCCUGGAUGUGGAGGUGACAUCAGAUCCAGACUUCAUGUUGGUCGUCAUGGCAACGCUGGAUGGAAGCACGCCAGUUGAGACUCUUCUGGCUGCGAUUCAUCUGGAGAGGUACCUGGACACCUUCCGUAGAGCUGCUCUGCUAUUGGCUCAGGACUUCACUCACCUGGACCAUGAUGCUCUGGUCAGUCUGGGCGUGACCGCCACUGGACACAGGAAGAGAAUCCUGCGCCUGGUCAGUCACAUUCAGAAGUCACAGGCACAAACAUCCAAUCAGAGAGCGGCGUCUGAUCUGCCACGUGACCGCUGUCAGUCUGCGUCUUCAUCAGAGCGUGUUUGUGGCUCCGCCCCUCACCGCCGCUCUACAGGACCUGUGAACUUUGAGGUUUUGAGGAAUAGUUCUGAGCCAAACCUCGCCGCCAUGUUGACAAACUCAGAGUCCAGCAGAGCUGCGGUGAAGCCGGUCCCCAAACCCAGGACUGUCUUCAACCGGCGCAGGACUGCACCCGUCCACUUCAGUCCCACCCCUGACCCGGCCCCGCCCCCACCCCGCAGGCUCUCCCAGGAGUCCAUAUGUUUCACCAUGUUGGAGAGUCUCACCUCCAGGGACACGCCCACUCCUGGCAACAAGUUGACCUCUGAUCUCAAUGACAAACUGACCACACCCCACAGGAGGUGGAGCCGACCAGAGAGGUCGAGGCCCACUCGAAGUUUGUCUCUAUCAGACACCGGCGGGUCGUUGCCACCUGUUCCCCCGCGUAUGAACCGCUUAGUUCCUCCCUCAGUCCACCAGGAGGCUCCGCCCUCUUCUUCUCCACCUGUGCAGACGGAGCAGAACAAGACUUUGUUGACUUCUGGUCCUGGAAGUGUUGAGAGCAGCGGACACUCUGGAUCCACAGGGAUGGAGAUGGUCUCAAAUGACAUCUACUGGGGCACCUUACCUGGAUCUACUGCCCCCGGUGGAGAGAGAAGUCACUGCAGCCAUCUGUCAGCUCCUCAGACUCCGCCCAGACAAACUUCUGAGAGGAACAGUUGCAGCAAUUUAAGUAACAAUUCUUCAGGAUCAACCAGAGUGUCCACUGAUGACCCUGAAGACCCUGAAGAGGACAUCAGUCCAUACUGUGAGACAGUUUUCCACAGCAGAAGAAACGUCUCUGAGAUUGACAGAAGAGGAGUGGAAACAAGAGACAUGAGGAAGGAAGAGUGGAAAGACGCAGAGGAUCAUGGACAGAAGUUGUCGUGGACAAAGCGUCUGUCUCAGGCUCUUCACUCUGGAGAUUCUCAGGGCUACAGCACCGUUGGCGAAGCCCCGUCCCCUCUACGCGGACUGUCCCUGCCCCCCCACGAGACGGACGACGACUUGACCAUUUCCCCAUAUGCCAGCUACACCUCCCUGACCGAGAGAGCCCCGCCCAUCAUCAGUGGCUGGCUGGACAAACUGUCUCCACAAGGAAACUAUGUUUUUCAGAAACGCUUGGUGAAGUUUGACGGGAAAAACCUAAUGUACUUUGGCAGCGAGAAGGAUGUUUAUCCUAAAGGAGUCAUCCCAUUGGCUGCCAUCCAGAUGUCCCGCCCCUCCAAAGACAACAAGUUUGAAAUAGUGACGAGUCAGCGGAUCUUUGUGUUCCGGGCUGAAAAUGAAGUGCUGCGGCGCCGCUGGGUCUCCACUCUGCAGGAACACGUCAGGGAUCAGCAGGUGUUCGGACGCCGGCGUUUCGGUCCCGGGUCUCACUGUCAGAAACACGGCGCCCUCGAGCUGAAGGGAACCAAGUCCAAAGUCUACGUCGCCGUAAACACGGACCAGAUAUGGAUUCACAAGAGCGAGCAGUGUUUUCGUAACGGAAUAGGAAUCACGGUGAUCGAGGCUCGCGGUUCCACCAUCAGAGACGGAAAACACAAGAGCUUUGACCUCAUCACGCCGUUCAAAAGCUUCAGCUUCACGGCGGAGUCGGAUCGUGAGAAGCGGGACUGGAUGGAGGCACUGCAGGAGUCCAUCGCAGAGACGCUGUCUGACUACGAGGUGGCCGAGAAGAUCUGGUCCAACCGAUCAAACCGGACCUGCGCCGACUGUAAGGCCCCGAACCCGGACUGGGCAUCCAUCAACCUGUGUGUGGUCAUCUGCAAGAACUGUGCAGGACAGCACAGAAGUCUGGGGACGAUGGUCUCUAAAGUCCAGAGUCUGAAGUUGGACACCAGUGUGUGGAGUAACGAGAUUGUCCAGCUGUUCAUCAUGCUCGGUAACGACCGGGCCAACGACUUCUGGGCGCCGCGUCUGUCGCCCUCAGACGAGCUGGACUGCGACGCGUCGCCUGAACAGCGGCGGGAGUUCAUCACACAGAAGUACAGAGAGGGAAGGCUCCGCCUCCCUCACCCUGCGUUCAGCAGCCAGGAACAGCUGCUCAAGGUGUUGUGUUCGGCCGUUUCUGAACAGACGCUUCUGAAAACUGUCACUCACAUUUUCUCGGAGGCGGAGUCAGCUCGUCUCACCAACGACUUUGACUCCACCCAACAGCACCACCAGGUGUUGGAUCACUGCACUGCAUCAGACCCUGGUGUGUAUGAUGAGAUCAUGCAGCCUGUCCUUCACUCUGGGUUCCUGUUUAAAUCUGGUUCGGUCGGCAGAGGAACACUGAGCAGGAAAAGCAGAUCCGACUUUCAGAAGUUCUGGUGCUCGGUGGAUCGCGCGCUGCUUCUGUACGAGUCGGAGCGAUCAGCUGAUCCCUGCGCUCACAUCGACGCCAAAGACAUCGUGUGUUUGGGCGUCAGUCGACCCGACGCCGCCAACAACAACAACAACAACGGAUUCAUCGACAGGUUCCGUUACACCUUUGAACUGUAUCUGAAGUCCGAGAAGGUGCAGCAGUUCGGCGUGGAGACGGCGGACGCUCUGCAGCGCUGGACCAGAGCCGUCGGGACGGCGGCGACACCUCUCAGCUGUCACUGUCUGCUGACCCGGGAGUUCGAGCGGGUCGGACUCCUGCGGUACCGGGCCAUGCUGGACCCUCAGCAGUGGAAGGACGCCUACUUUGUCCUGCAGAAGUCCAACCUCUUCAUCUGUCCUCAAACCGACGGCGUGGCAGAAGACAUCAUCAACCUGAACCGCCUGCAGGAGCUGAGUAUUGCAUCAGAGAUGGAGAACCAUGAGAAGAAGGACGUCCUGGUGUUGGUGGAGAAAGGAAGGACGCUCCACCUGCAGGGCGUCGGCCGCGCAGACUUCACUCUGUGGUACUCGGACAUCCAGCGAGCAGCCGGCGGGAAAGGAAACACGCUGAGGGAGCAACAGCUGAGCAGGAACGACAUCCCCAUCAUCGUGGACAGCUGCAUGUCCUUCAUCACGCAGUAUGGUCUGGGUCAUGAAGGGAUCUACAGGAAGAACGGGGCCAAGUCCAGGAUCAAACUGCUGAUGGACGAGUUUCGCAAAGACGCUCGCAACGUCAAACUGCGGAUCGGAGACCACUUCAUCGAGGACGUGACGGACGUCCUGAAGAGGUUCUUCAGAGAGAUCGACGACCCUAUCUUCAUGGCCGACCUCCACCCACUGUGGCAGCAGGCUGCUAAGACCCCUCAGAAGGUUCACAGGUUGGACCGUUACAAGGAAAUAAUCCGAAGUCUUCCUCGAGUCAACAGGACGACUCUGACUGCUCUCGUGGGUCACCUGUUCAGGGUGCAGAAAUGUGCAGACCUGAACCAGAUGUGCACCAAGAACCUGUCGCUGCUCUUCGCUCCCAGUCUCUUCCAGACGGACGGCAAAGGAGAACAUGAGGUGAAGAUCGUCGAGGAUCUGAUCGACAACUACCUGUACGUCUUCGAUAUCGAUGAGGAGCAUCAGACUCAGAUCGAGCUGGAAAUCAGCCUCAUCACCACAUGGAAGGACACGCAGUUGUCUCAGGCUGGAGAUCUGAUCAUCGAAGUUUAUCUGGAAAUGAAGAUUCCAGAUUGUUGCAUCACACUGAAGGUGUCCCCCACCAUGUGUGCUGAAGAACUGACCAAUCAGGUUCUUUACAUGAGGAACGUCCCUGCUGGAGACAAAGACAUCUGGAUGACGUUUGAGGCCAUUGAAGAUGGACAGCUGGAGCGUCCUUUACAUCCUAAAGAGAAGGUCCUGGAGCAGGCUCUGCAGUGGUGUAAAAUGGCUGACCCAAGCUCCGCCUACCUGGUGGUGAAGAAAGUUCCUAUUGGAGAAGGAAUCAACAUUCUCACCUCCUAUAAGAGUGACAUCAUGAAAGUGGGCGUGGUCUGGUGUAGGGAGGAGCCUCAGAAGUUUCUUCAGGGAAACAAGUUCCAGGAGAGAACGUUCCAGAUCAAAGAGCAGAAACUGCUGCUGCUCAAAGACAAGAAGAGCAUCAAACCAGAGAAGGAGUGGUCUCUGAAGACCAUGAAGGUCUACAUCGGCAUCCGCAAGAAACUGAAAGCUCCAACCAGGUGGGGCCUCACUGUGAUGUCAGACAAACACCAGCUGUUCCUGUGCUGCAGCUGUGAGGGCGACCUGUGGGACUGGACCACCUGCUUCCUCAAAGCUCAGAACGAUGAGCCCGGUCCUCCGGUUCUGCGACGCCACUCGUCGUCCGACAUUUCCAAACAGAAGUUCGGGACGAUGCCGCUCGUCCCGAUCAGAGGAGACAAGAGAGAGAGUAACAGUACCAUGCUGUCGGCCAAUCAGACGCUGAGGAAGUUACACAACAGACGGACGCUGUCCAUGUACUUUCCAAUGAAGGUUCAGCAGGACUCGUUGGAUGAGCGUCCGGACCUCCCUGACCUCCCUGACCUCCCUGACCACCCUGACCUCCCUGAGCCGCUCUACGAGGAGGUCGGGGACUUCGGGCUUCAGGUUCUGAAGUCUCUGGAGACCAGCUUUCUGUCCAGCAGCGCCACAGAGACUCACGAGGUUCCAGAUCACCCGCCACUCAGACUUGUACCUGUGGAGGCGGGACUUGAGGAUCACGUGAUCAUCCCCGACCCAGAAGGCGGCUCAGCGAAGACACUGGAGAGAGAAGCAGGCCGCAGUUCCCCAACGGCCAGAAGGGGGCAGCAGCUGCAGGGAGGCUGCACUCCGUCUCAGGAACUGCUGCUGCAGGAGCUGUCAUCAGCUUUCACCAAGAAGACACUGGACGAGGACGGGGACGGGGACGGGGACGAGAGGCCGUGUGACGUCUAAGAGAGGAAGAGUUUGUAGUCACAGGAGGAGGAGUUAAACAUCCUACAGGGCUUUAUGAUUGGAGGAAGGAUGAGGACACGCCCCUGAGUCAGGACAGUCAUCAAUCAGGAAGUGAAAAGUUAACACAGAGAUGCAGGAUUAAACCCUGGAACAUAGGAUUUUAAAUUUGAGGAUUAAACCCUGGAACAUGGAUUUUAAAUUUGAGUUUCAAACCCUGGAACAUGGAUUUUAAAUUUGAGGAUUAAACCCUAGAACAUGGAUUUUAAACGUCAUGGAGACCUCAGCACUUCCAAAAUGAUAGUAUGUUGGUUAUCCUCUGUGCUCCUCCUCUUGGCCCCGCCCAGUCUGAGGCCCCACCUUGGACACACAUGUAUUUAUUUUCAAGUUUGUUUGUGCAAAUGACAGGAAGUGACGCUCAGUGUCAAAUAUAAUGUGUUAUGUCGCAUCUGUCCACUAGGUGUCCCUGAACACACACACACUAACUGUGACGACUCUUCAUGUUCAUUAUAGUAUAAACACGUGAACAAUGAUAUUAAAAGCGCUAUAAAAAUACGAUGUAUUAUUAUUAUUAUUAUUAUUAUUAUUAAAGUCUAUAUUUUGGAUUGUAA